ACACCAGUAUUGGUUGCACGUCAAUUUUACGUGUCUCGUAUGUAUCGUUAGUUGUAGUUCUGUUUCGUGUGCAUCGUCCAUACAAACCGAUUUCAAUGUAGCCCAUGCCAUACAAAAGUAUGGGUUUGGCAAUUUCGACGAAGGUCAACUUAGAAAAUGUCAACAAAGUUUCAAUGCUGCAUAAUGAUCUGCGAAAUUGUAAUCAGCUGUUUCCCAAACUCACAAUAUUGGGUCUAGGGUCGGUUUCUCAAAACAUAUCUGGUAGCCUACUUCUUGUAGCCUACUUUAUAGACUAGAUAAGGACAUAUAAGGUAUGGAGGUUAUUUGAUGAUAAAUUAGGUUAGAAGUGACAACUUCUUUGCGAGUUUGAUUGCUUUUGUCUGCGCGACUCCAAUUGUAUUCAUAUACUUAUAAUAGAUUAUAGGGGGUUUUAGGCUACAUAAUAGGUUACUUAAGCAAUGAUUUAAGAUUUUUGAAACAGAAUGCAUUUGCAUUGCAUUAUUUUAUUUAGCUUUCUUUAUGUCUGAGCAAUGCUUCGUUUGUACUUGCAUCAGAACCAGGGCUUUGUGGCUGCGGGGAAUGUGGGCCAGGGUUAUUAGGAUGUUACUAAACUAUUGUUUAGGUUUAUACUGCAUAUGAGACAACACUAAUGCAAUACCAUUAUCCCAAAUGCCCACAAGGUGGAUCUGCUGGAUCCUUCCCUAGUUAAAGCAUGUUGUGACUUUUUCUUUUUUAUUCAGACUUUAUUUAGAGAAAUCCCGAGUUCAUUGAGAGUUACACAUUACACGUUUAAAUAAACAACCCUGUGAGAUAGUCAUGCAUUUCCACAUGAAGCAGAAACAGCUUUGCAAGAUCGUUGAAACCAAAGUGAGUGAGACGUUUUAUUGCUCUGAUUGGGUUAUCCUGUUAUGAAAUUGUGUUUGGUUGCCUGGAUACCAAUUCCAUGAAGAAGGAAAAACUUUGAAAAUAAUGAUGAAAUAACACAACGAUGUGCUUUGUAUAAAUUAGUUCACCUGAAAUGGCUGGCUAAACAGGUCAAAAUGGAUAAAAACACACGGAAACUCCGUAAUCAGGACAUCAACCCAUGCAUCGAAGAAAGUGAUGGGUCUCAAAGGUGUUUGGAAGCCCACAACUAUGACAAGUCCAUGUGUUCACCCUAUUUCAUAAACUACAAGAACUGUAGGAAGUAUUGGCAUAACCUCAUGGUGCAGCGGAGGAGAGAGGGGGUGAAGCCGGAGAUGCCCACUGCUGAGGAGAGGAAGGAGAUCCUGGCUGGUCUGGGUGGCAAGCCGUACUGAAGCGGGCUCCUCGGGAGCUCCUCCUCCUGACGACAGCCCUCUGGGUCUCAGCCCGGCUGAUAGGAGCCCAUAGGAGGGAGCCCAUGGAUUGGACUGGCCCGUCCUGGUUAGCUCUGCGUGGUAGCUGUCGGGACACUGCACUGCAGAGUACCUGGCUGUGUUCCCAGACAACAUGGUGGUGCGGGAAGAGGAGGCUGUAGGUUCUAUCGAAGCUGGGUUAUAAUUGGGAUCCGAAAGACAUACUGUAUCUGAUGCUCUGUCUCCAUCCAUGUUUGUGUGUGUGGUUGUGUUGUGUUAAAUUAUAAUGUGUAAAAUCUUAUGGAAGAGUGAUGAAUAUUGUACACACUUAGCAGUAUGCUGUGUCAUGUGUGAAAUAAUACAUUAAAGUGUAACACGUGUC